CGUCGUAUUUUACCAAAAAAAAGAAAAACAAACGAGUUUAGUAUUAUAUGAAAAAAUAUUAAUUUUAUUCAUAUAUUUUGUAUUAAAACUUUCCUCGGGAAAGUCAAAUACUACCUCAGAAAGAAGUAGACCACCUUAACUAUGAGUGAGGAGUUUCGUACGGUGACACGCAAGAAAUGGAUUGCCCACAAAAGUAUAAACAAAAGGACCCGUAGAUUGUCGGACAAAGGAUAUGAGAAAGAUUUCCCCGAGGUUGAUGUGGACAAGUUUAUGGUGAAACUAGAUGCCUUGCGGGAACGCAUGGAAGACAGUGACUAUUUUACCCAGGCCAUGGUGACACUUAAAGAAUCUUUUGCGAAAAUCAAUUCGAAGGUGGAAGAAAAUAGCCCUGCAGUCACACCCAAAAGAUUAGUGUGUUUAGGCAUUGGACCCUUUACCCGGAACUUUCAAGCCCUCCACCAACUGGCAUUUAUUUUGUGCACCCAAAGUCAUUUCGAAAUACAAGAGGCAAUAUACUUUGAUCCUGUAUUUCGCCAGAGUGAAAAGGAAAUACUGCAAAAGCUAAAAUGUCUGGUAAUGACAGAGAACUGUGAAGGCAAAUAUGAAGCUGAUGUCUAUACGUUAUUUUACUUGCCCCAUUGCCCCAACUGUUUGACCAACAAUCUACUGUGGAGCAAUUGGCAACCUGAUUUAUUAUCGAAUGUAAUAUUAAUAAAUAAUAGUUUCGAGAGUUUAUCGUGCUCAAAACCAGAACGUUUAUUGCGUUUGGAUGCUGCCUACAUACUCGAUAUAAUGCCAUAUGGCGAAGAAUUGCCAUUGGACGAUGAUUAUGAAGUACAAAAUAUAUUUAACGAUUUGUCGGUGCAUAUAUUUCCACGUGGUAAGCUAAAAUUGGAUGACGCCGCGUUUUGGACGAAAAAGGAGGCACCAAAGUACAAUGAUAAUGAUGGGGAAAUGAUUUCUGCCGAAGAUUUUGCUAAAUUAAGUAUAGCGUAAGGAUGCAUAGGCAAUGUAGGAGUAAGAAGACAAAAAUUACAAGUUUUGCUAUAUAUUUUUCUUGUUUUUUUAAUAAAAAUAUUUUUAAUGUAU